GCGCCGACUGCAAACCACAGUACCCAAACCUGUCUGAUGGCAAGAGAAGGCCGUCUACAGCUAUGAGACAGGGAAUACCGGAUGUAUUUGGGAAACCCGUACCUCACAACAUGGAGUUCGUCAAAGAGAUCAGAUCAAUGCUCACUCAGUAUAAGUUGAAAGAAGCAUUCAUCUUCCGAGAGACCAUAGAAGGACACGUUUCUGAAGCUUUUCUGUCUAGAAUCACUGACGGAAGCUUGGAUGACAUCAUCCCAUGGGUUCAGCACACCACAUCUACAGCAAACUCCAGAGUGUCCUUUAUUGAUUGUUUCAUUCCAUCAUCGUGUGGAUUUUGUCUGCUGGACCAGACAAUAGAAAGAAGUUUAGGCAACUGUCUUCAGAACUACUUGGAAAUACUUCUUCACAUAGCCAUUGUUCUGAAAAAGCUGCAUGACAAGGGAGUUGUUUUGGGUCACAUGUGUGCCUCCACGUUCUUUAUGGAGAAGCAUCAUCAGAAGCCUAAG